AUGACUGUGUUUAAUUUGGAAGACAAAACCCUACCUGCAAUUUUCAAGGCUCCAAAAGCAAUACGAGGAGGAAUUCCUGUAUGUUUUCCACAGUUUGGAAAUUGUGGAUCACUGGAGCAGCAUGGUUUUGCGAGAAAUAGAAUGUGGACAAUUGAUGAUAAUCCUCCUCCUCUGCAUGCAAAUGAUUCCAGUGGGAAAUCCUUCAUUGACCUGCUACUUAAGUCAUCUGAAGAAGAUAUCAAGUGCUGGCCACAUAGUUUUGAAUUCCGUCUCCGGGUGGCUCUUUCGACAGAUGGGGACCUGAGUUUGAUAUCUAGAGUGAGGAAUAUAAAUGGCAAGCCAUUUAGUUUCUCAUUCGCACAUCACACAUACUUAUUGGUUUCUGACAUUAGUGAGAUAAGGAUUGAAGGUCUGGAAACACUAGAUUACCUAGACAAUCUUUUUCAAAAAGAACGAUUUACAGAACAAGGAGAUGCGAUAACAUUUGAAUCUGAGGUGGAUCGAGUUUAUCUUGGCUCUCCAAACAUAAUUGCAGUGCUAGAUCAUGAGAGGAAAAGGACAUUUGUUAUUAGGAAGGAAGGUCUCCCUGAUGUUGGUAAGUAAAAGUUGUUCAGAAACAUAUGAAAAAAGGAGAACUAAGGAGAUUUAGCUCAAUUGAUAAGUGGUGUGUGUGAGUUGUUGUAAUCAAUCCCUUGGUAUACUGAUAAAAAAAAAAUCACAACAAAAGGUGGUUUGCAAUAUAUGUCUAGUUCCUGCAAUCAGCAGCACUAUAUAUAUGUG